AUGGAUUGGGAAUAUGCUCUCUUUGCAUCUAUCAUCCUAGGAGCCCUAACUUGGUGCUAUUUCAAAGGCAAAAAACCAAAUCCUCCCUCCCUUCCUACAGAAGAGCCUACAGAGACACUCGGACGCCUUCACAUUUACGUGGGAUCUCAGACUGGCCAUUCUCAAAAACUUGCAGAAAUUUUAGCCCAGGAGGCCACCUGGUCCAGCACAAAUAGACCUCGGGACCCCCACCCCAUAUACAUAACUUUUUGUAGAAUAUUUAAUAGUUUAAGCCUAAGUGAAGGAACUAAAGUUUUAUACUCUAAACUAUAGCUCAUGCCCCUUUAUAGAUCCCUUUAUCGAGCAAAGUGUACUUGACUAUUGAAAGACCUAAACAGACUCUCUCAAAGAGAUGAGCUCAAUCUCUAUAUCAGAAAGUUCUAAAAAGUGGCAUGCCAAAAAAUAGUGGCAAGUGUGAAAAAAAGUUGGUAAGCAAAUACGAUUAGACUUAAGAUAAUUAAUUUAUUCAUCUCAUGUAGAUUUGACUAUGGAUUAUCUUUGGAUUUACAUAAGUCAAGAUUCUACUGGAGUUUUUGAUUGAUAUGCUUACUGGAGUUAUAGCACUUGGAGAUCUAUAAAACCGUUUACUCAAGAAGUUCCUCCUUUGCAUUCUCAAUUUAAAAGUUCAGGUGCAAUUUCUUCCAUACUGGACUCUAUCUUUAUAAUCACUUAAAUUGAAACAAAAUUCAAUUUUAUAAUAAAAAAUUUUAUAGAUAAAAAUCAUAAUUUUUAUGUAAAAAGGUUCGAUAUAAGUUAAAUGUUUCUUCUUAACUAAAAUUAAAAAUUUAGUUAUAUCUUGCUCUUUUUUAAAGAAAAGAACACAAAGAGCUUUUUAUUUAAAUACAUUUAUUAUCUUUAAUUGCUAUAUUUUUAAAAAUUUUUUCAACAAAAAAUAUAAUUUAUUGCAUUUAUUUCUUAUCAUGCAUAUGAUGUUAUUUGAAUUUAUUAUUUAGAAACCAAAUAUACGUUUCAAAACGCAGAUUUUAGUGCGCCAAAUUAAUAAUUUAAAUUUUAUAUGAAAAUAGUGUGUAUAACUGCCAUAAGAAAUUAAGCCAAGGGAUUAUAUUUUUUAGUUAAAUAAUUUUGAUAAAAAUUUAAUGCGAAUUCUUUACAAAAAUUGAAAAUUUACUUUAUUUCUUCUUUAUUUUAGCAAAAGAGUAUAAAUAGCCACUUAAUUAAACAAAAUUAACACUUUGAUCGAUAAAUUUUCUAGAAAUUUAUUAAUCUAAUUCGACACAUUUUUUAAUUUUUUUUUAUAAGAAUUUUAUAUUGAUUGUUUUAUAAGAAUUUUAUAUUGAUUUGUUUUAUAAAAAAUUUUCUUAACCCUUCUUUUAAAUUGGAACAAAUAUUUGGUCCAAUUUAAAGGGAGAGAGUUAAAAUCAAAAUCCUACUGGAGUUUUUGCACGAUAUGCUUACUGGAGUUAUUAUAACACUUGGAGAUCUAUACAACCGUUUACUCGGGAAGUUCCCCCUUUGCAUUUUCACUUUUGACAAUUUAUUUCAUAAUGGACUCCAUCUUUAUAAUCACUUAAGUCAGGAUCCUACUCGAGUUUUUGAUUGAUAUGCUUACUGGGGUUAUAGCACUUGAAGAUCUAUACAACCGUUUACUCGGGAAGUUCCCCACUUGCAUUUUUAAACUCAUUUCUAUAAAUUUAUCUCAAGCACUUUUUACAUAAACAAAUAACCAAAAAUAUUAAAUCUAUUAAAAUUUAUAUGUAGCAUUUAUUAUUAUAAUUAUCAUUAAUUAAUAAGGCCUUAAAAAUAAGAUUUUUAAUUAUUAAUCAAUUCCAGUCUAAUUGGGUAUGUUAAGUUUUAAAUUAUUUUAUUAAUAAAGCCAUUUUAAAAAUUUGCGUGUUUGCUUACCAACUUUUUUUCACACUUGCCACUAUUUUUUGGCAUGCCACUUUUUUAGAACUUUCUGAUAUAGAGAUUGAGCUCAUCUCUUUGAGAGAGUCUGUUUAGGUCUUUCAAUAGUCAAGUACACUUUGCUCGAUAAAGGGAUCUAUAAAGGGGUAUGAGCUAUAGUUUAGAGUAUAAAACUUUAGUUCCUUCACUUAGGCUUAAACUAUUAAAUAUUCUACAAAAAAGCUGUGUAUAUGGGGUGGGGGUCCCGAGGUCCUAUUUGUGCUUGACCAGCCACCAAAUACAAUUUUUCUCCUCACAUAAUCGGACUUGAUCUAUUCCAAAUUCUUGACUUCAAGAAAAAUGAUUUCUGUGUAAUUUUUUGUUCAACUCAAUGCGACGGCAAUCCCCCACCAAACGCAGCCAAGUUCCUCAAAUGGGUGACCAAAGUGGCCAAGGCUUCACAUGAUGACCUUUCGCGUCUCUCUUAUUGUGUCUUCGGUCUUCGGAAAAGUUCUCAUAGUGAAAUUGCUAAUGUUACGGCGAAAACCAUUAAUGAUUCUUUAGCUAAGCUUGGAGCAAACCAAAUAAUAAGGCUGGGAGAUUCAGUAGAAGAUGAUGUUGAAGAAUUCAAUAACUCACCACGGUAAUAAGUAAAUUCUUGCUUACAUUAAACUUUAAAUAGUAAAUUUUAUAUGAAUAGAUGAAAUUUAUUAUUAUUGGGGGUGUUCGAAAAUUUAUUACUCAAUAAUAAGCAAAUUUCGAUCUAUCAUAUAAAAUUUACUAUUUAAAAAUUUUGCAUAAAAAACACCCUUUGAAUGAGCAAGAAUUUACUUAUUGCUUGAAGGGUUUAAGUGGAAAAAUGAACUGUGAAAAGUGCUCCCUUCGAUUGUAAAAGCAAGCAGAAGAUCGCAGAUACCGAGCUCGGAGUUCUUACUCCUCCAAUGAUUAGCGAAGAAAGCAUUAAAAAUCUCUUUUUGGGAAGGCAAUCCCUCCAUUCUUAUUUUAGUAUUUUUUUACAAAUAAUAGUUGGAUAUGAUGAAAUGCCUAUUGAAUUUUAAAAGACCAAUCCUAAAACAUAAAUUUUAUAAAAAUUAAAUCAGACUUUUUCUUCUAAAUAUUUACAUUUAAAAAUCCUACUUUCUUAACGAGCCAAAAAUUCUUGCUCGCUAACCAAGGGGGAGGUAGAAGUAGCACAUAAUGUGGUGCUGACGCCGCCAAACUCUAAGAUUGUGUAUGAAGAUUCCAGCCAGACAAUGAUAUCAAGUCUGGAGUUUCCGGUUUUAAAAAUAAAAGAGCUGAAAAGAGACCCGAAAAAUUCUGCACUUCAUGUAGAAAUGGAAACUUCAGUUCCAUAUGAAACUGCUUGUAACUUUGGGAUUUUCCCUGAAAAUGAUGAAGAGCUUGUCAGAGAGCUUGCGGCGCUACAAGAUUAUGAUUUAGAGUUAACGUUCCAAUUUUUGCCGAUUCAAGGCAAAAAGCACCCAUUCCCAACACCUCUUACAGUGGGAGAAGCAUUGAUUAAAUAUUGCGAUAUUACAAGCUUGGUUAGAAAAAAAACUUUAAAAAAUCUAGCAAGCUUUGCUACGAACCCUGAUGAAAAACAAGAACUGGAGUUUUUAGCGUCGCUGAAAGGGAAAGAUGAGUACCGAAGGGUAAUUGAAGAGCCCAUGCUGACAUAUAUGCAUUAAUUAAAGUUUUUAAAGCAUCUAACGCCACACUCCCACUAAAGGAGAGAGCCAAAUGGCGAUGUCAUGAUCAUUCACCUAUGGAUUACCUUCUCGGAUGUGCUGAGAGGUAAAAACUCUGAGCCUCUGGUUGCACUGUGGAGCAAUUCCUCUGGUUAUCCCCAAAGUUAAAACCGCUGUUGCUGUGCAGAAGUUCUCAAGAGAAAAUCCAAUCCGAUAAAUAAAAUUCCAUGAGGGAGAGAAAAUUAGGAGAGCUUAUGAAGAGCCCAUGCUGACUAUUGUGGAGCUUUUUAAGAGGUUUUCAUCCUUAAAAAUCCCUAUCGGAGCACUUGUCCAAGUUCUAGACCGCAUUCAGCCGAGGAUGUAUACAAUUGCAUCUUCUUCUAAGCUGCACCCUAAAAGUAUCCAAAUAGCUGUAGAAGUAUUAAGGCAGCGAACUUGUGAAGGAAAAAUAAGGACAGGCUUAUGCUCUGGAUAUUUCGAAAAAAUGCAUGUGACUGGGCUUUACAAGCCAAUUCGAGGCUUUUUCAAAAGUUCUGCAUUUAUAUUCCCUCCUCAGCCUGUUCCUAUUGUCAUGAUCUGUAAUGGCUGCGGUGUUGCCCCUUUCCGAGCUUUUCUCCAAGAGCUUAAAUAUCUUGCAACUCAAGGCGAGUUUUACCCAGAAUCUAUCAUGUACUUCGGCUGCAAAAACAAGGCAGGUCAAUUCGUAUACAAGCGAGACUUAGAAGCCUUCAUCAUUCCUAGCGAACACUCUCCAGGAGAAUUUGAGCACCGUCCAGAAGCUUGGGGAGAAGGCCCACACGUACUAAAGAGCUUAUACGUCGCAUCUUCUAGAGACCAAGCUCACAAAAUUUACGUCCAAGACUUGAUUUCAAGCCACCACGACAGUAUCUGGGACCUGAUUUCUAACAAAGGCUGCUACAUUUAUGUAUGUGGCUCUUCAAGAAUGGGAAAAGCAGUCGGUGAUCUAAUUAAAAACAUUGCAACAGAACACCUAGGUGAAGACAGCACUGAAUUCUUCAAGAAAUUAUGCAGUGAAGGAAGAUAUGCAAUUGAGCUAUGGGGAUAA